AUGGCAGACGAGGCAAUCGAAACUGACCUGCUUGGGCGAGAAAUAGCAUUCUCCGAGCUAACAGCUUUACGAGGUAUUGCAGAAGGGGUUGAUGGUGCUCGGGCUCGUGACAUAAGGAGGCGUCAUUCGUCUACUGUCGCGCGGUCGACAAUCAACCAAUCCAUCAUGGAGUCGGAUUACCCCGAUAGACUUGCGCGCUCUGUGUCUCCACCUGCUGGUCUAGCGGCUUGGAAUGCUCUUGCGGGGCACUCUCUCGUGGAAGCUGAUGACGAGGAUAGAGAGGAUAUAUUGGGAUUUUGGAGUCGGCUUCCUCGUAGUAUAACUUCGGACGAUGAUGAGGACGACGCAGAUGAUUCCGAAGGUGAAUCUAUAUCGUCUUCAGAAGACGAGGAUGAGGAGGACGAAGAAGGAGACGAUGAUGAGAUAGAUGACUUUGAACUGCUUGGGCACCGCUAA